AUGGAUGGAAUCGCGCAGCUAGAACGGACAAGGUUGGAAGUGGUCCAGGGAAAGGAGGAAGAGACUGUGGAUCGAAUCAACAGCUGUCUUCCAAGCGAUAUUCGCGUUUUUAAGAUUCUGCGAACGACCAAGAAUUUCAACGCCAAGAAUUUCUGCGAUCGUCGCCAGUACGAAUACAUUCUUCCUAUCGAAACGCUCUCUCCCUUCAGCUCUACUCCUCCUCUUUCCAUCCGAGAGGAUAUUUCCCACAAUUGGAAAGAGUUUGUCGAAAAUGAAGCCUACUUGCAGAAGUGCAGAGAGCACCCCGAGGAAUCGAUCGACAACCCCUUCGAGGAUCGUCCCGAUAAUAGACAACGUGUCAAAUCACUUCAAAUCGCACAGCAACUGCUUCUCAACGAGGCUUCCUUCUCCACUUACACAGAGGAUGCACAGGAUCGAAGCUUUGGAGGGUGUGUUGUGAAAGACGAGUGGCCAGCCUAUCUCUCUCUGGCGCUAUCGCGACUGCGAGCAUGCAUGUCGUUGUUUGUAGGAACGCACAAUUUCCACAAUUACACGGUGGGCAAGUCCAGUGCCGAUUCCUCUGCGCAGAGACACAUUCUAGGGAUUUCGGUGAGCGAUCCUAUUCGAAUUCACGAUGGAUUGUAUAUCCGCGUGUGUUUGGAGGGACAGAGCUUCAUGUUGCAUCAGAUUCGAAAAAUGAUCGGAAUCGCGAUCGAAGUGGCGAGAGGUCGUUGCUCACUCCACACAGUGAAUAGUAGCUUGAGUCGAGGAACCAUGUUCACUCCCAUGGCUCCAAGCACGGGAUUGUUCUUAUCGAUGGUACUCUGUUGCAUUAUCCCUCUAUUGUAG